AUGAUGGACAAAAUCGAAGUCAACGGUGAUGGAGCAGAGCCGCUCUACAAAUGGCUGAAGCAACAGGCGCAAAUCGAUGCGAUUAAGUGGAACUUCGGAACCUACUUUCUCAUCGGACGCCAGGGCGAGUACCUCGAAGCGCUGUACUAAAUCUGUGUAACACCAUGAUCUGUCUUUUCUACAGAAGAAAGUAAAGAAUUUCAAUUUUCGCUUUUGGUAUUUAAGAACAUCAUAGAUACUAAUUUACGCCGUUGCUGUAUGAAGAUAGCCAUAGCUUACCCUCCAUUUAGCCUCAUCAACAAUGCUGGCGGUGACAGCAGGUCACGGCAAAGUCCGGCGGAUUUUACUGAGAAAAUUCGGUCAAGAUUAUAAUAGGUCCGGGGUGCCGCGGAAGUUUUCGGAUUCUUUGGACGGACAUCUCGGGGGUGGCUCUCCUUUAAAGUCCGGAGUAUCUGCAUCGUCAGAGGAAGCCGGGACAGCAGGUGCAGGAAAGAGCACUCCUUCUAUGAAGAAAGCGCCGGCAAUGAAAAAGGCUGCAUCGCCGAAGGCGAAAGUCAUGAAAAGUAGCGCCGCGGUGAUGAAAUCGGUGAUGAAGAAAACAAAGUAAGGAAUUUGGGUUUGGGAUGAGAAACUACCGAAAUAAAUGAAUUGGGUCGGGAGCUCGGAAACGAAAUGUAUGUGUAUGAGUUGUAUGAGCAGACGCAAACGCAAGUGGCAGCACCCACGGAUGAUAAGACGCAAUAAGCUGUGAUGAUACCAUAACUAUUUCAUGGCGAGGAUGGAGCAGAUUGAAAUCGAUCCGCGAGUUUCGAUCGACAUGCGUAAUAAUUUCGUGACGGAUUUCCCCUAGGUCACGCACGACCUUGUGGAGUCCUGAUUUGCUGUAAGAAAAAUUGAUCAAAUGAAGACCACGUUGUUGUUUUAAAACGGUCAAGGUCCAUUAUAAUCUACGCAUGCGAUUGAACAAUGCGGGUCAACAAAGACAAGAAUACAUCAACACUGAUUGGUUUUUUGGAAAAUGAAAAAGAAAGUUCGAUUCUCGACUUACAAUAUAUUCUCAAAGAAAAAUAUAUCAUCAAAGAACAAAAGAACCGAAACGCAAUCGCAAAGGCUAAUCAAUAAUUUUUUGAAAAAUUUCUGUUGUCCAGCAACGCGCAGUUCUUCAGAUAGUGUUUUAUGUGAAAUAUAUAAGAAAGUGUUAUGAUGCCCCCUCGCAGAGGAGAAUUUCUAGAUGUAUUUCAAAACACGACCUUUCACGAAAAA